GCAUGGCAAAGUUAAUGCACUCGCCUCAGAUCACAUAGCUAGUAAGUAUCAGAGCUGGGAUGCACUCUGGGGUAUGAAACCCAGGCAGAGCUGCCAGUCCCAACUGCUAUUCUGCAUCAUAUCUGGAGAUGAGGCGGGCCUAGGGGAUGGACACAACCCUGGAGAAAUACAUACUUGUCCUUCAGAGUUCUGCUGGUGACAUUAAGCACCCUAUUUUUAGGUUUCAGGUGAUUCAGGCUUUGGGCCAGUUUGACCUGCAUGUUGUCCCUGUGCCCCUCUGUGGAAUGGGAUGACUAAGGGCAGAGAUCCCGGUCAGGUGGUGAGAGCAGGAAAGGCCACAUGCCCAUGGGAUCUGAACAGAACAACCCAACUAAUCUCCUGGGCUGGGAGCCUUGGCCUCACGCCACCCCAGGGUGGGGGGGUGGCGGUAUUCUUUCACCCUAUCCCCGCCCUUUUGCUGAUGGCCACUUGGAGUAACAGGGAACUUGCAGGCCACAGGCAGUGCUCUCAGCUUCUUGUGACAUGGAAGUUUGUAGGGUCCUGGCCAUACCUAGGAUCCCAGCUGUGGAUGGGGAGGGGAGCCCACACCUGCCUGACCACUGCGGAGUACUCUUCCUACCAGCCGUUUCCAGGAAAUGGACUUGGUUCUGUUUAUCAAGCAGAAGAAAUCCAAUCCCCUCCAAGGAUGUUCUGUUGCUCAGUCAGUUCAUCCGGCCACAUGGGGGCAUGCUGCCCCGGAGGGUCACCGGGCUGUGCCAAGAAGAGCACCGCAAGAUAGAGGAGUGUGUGAAGAUGGCCCAUCGAGCAGGUCUGCUCCCAAAUCACAGACCCAAGCUUCCUGAAGGAUUUGUUCCAAAGACCAGACCCCGACUCAACAGGUACCUGACCCGCUGGUCUCCCCGCUCCGUCAAGCCCAUCUACAACAAAGGCCACCGCUGGAACAAGGUGCGCAUGGCUGUGGGGUCCCCCCUCCUGAAGGACAACGUCUCCUACACGGGCAGGCCUUUGGUGCUGUAUCACUGACUGAGAGCAGGGCCUCCUGAGAGCCUGAGCUCAUCCUGCACUCCCACCCCAUCCCACCAGGGCGGCCCGGCUCCUCCAGUGCAGAUGGCACGGGGGGGUGGCAGGUCUGCUCCAGUGCCCAGGACCUGCACCACUACGGUGCUGGGCGCUGGCGGCAGUCAGGGCAGGCGACCCUGCGCAGCUGCGGUGGUUUCACGACUGGCCUGGGCUCAGGGCUGGGGCACCGGCCCUUUGUCUGAAGGAAUAUUAUAAACCAGGCUUGUGCUCCCCC